UUUCUUAAAAAAAUAAAAACACACAGAACACAGAGCUGCAGAAGAUGUAAAGUACAUGAUAUGUUUUAUAUGUAUUAACCCCAACAACUUUUGCUAUUUAUAGUCUCAUGAUCUUUGGUUGUUCUUGGAUAUUAUUUUGUUGUCAUCAAUUCGUUGUGUGUAGAUUAUUUUAUACUCUUCUUCACAUCACAGUCUUGAUGCUACUGCACUAUCUUAAUCUUUAUUUGUGCUACAAAAUGGUCUCUGUAGUUGUCACUGAAGUUCUGUCUGAGAACAGCAAUGGAAUCUUUUUUCAAAGCAUCAUUCUUACUCUUCCUCGUUGUCUCAUACUUCACAGUUACCAAAUCUGUUAAACCUAGUCGAAUGGUGAUGAAGCUUAUACACCGUGAAUCAGUGACUCGUCGCAACCCAAACGAUCAGGUUCCGGUCACUGUAAAAGACCAUAUCAAACAUUUGACCGAUAUUUCAUCAGCCCGGUUUAAGUAUCUACAGAAUUCGAUUGAAAAAGAGCUAAGCAGCAGCGAAUUCCAGAUUGAUGUGCAUCAAGCAAUCCAGUCGUCAAUGUUUUUUGUGAAUUUCUCCAUAGGACAGCCUCCGGUACCGCAGUUUACUAUCAUGGAUACUGGAAGCUCACUUUUAUGGAUGCAAUGUCUUCCCUGCAAACGAUGCUCAUCAGAUCAUAUGAUCCAUCCUGUCUUCAAUCCAGCAUUGUCUUCAACAUUUGCAACGUGUUCCUGCAAUGAUCGAUUGUGCAGGUAUGCGCCACAUGGACAUUGCGGCUCCUCAAAUGAGUGCCUUUACGAACAGGUAUAUAUAAGCGGUGCUGACUCAAAAGGCGUUCUAGCUAAAGAACAGUUGACCUUAACAACACCAAACGGGAAUACUGUUGUGACCCAACCUGUUGCCUUUGGGUGUGGGUUUGAGAAUGGAGAGCAGUUGGAGAGUGGGAUCACUGGUAUUUUGGGUUUAGGAGCCAAGCCCACAUCGCUUGCAGUACAGCUCGGGUCUAAGUUCUCUUACUGCUUAGGCGAUUUAGCUAACAGAAACUACGGUUACAAUCAGCUGGUUCUGGGUGAUGACGCGGACAUUCUUGGUGAUCCAACACCCAUUGAGACAGAUGAUGGUAUCUACUAUAUGAAUCUUGAAGGGAUUAGUGUUGGGGAAAUACAACUCAAUAUCGAACCAGAGGUAUUCAGAAAAAGAGGAUCAAGGACAGGGGUCAUACUCGACUCGGGCACACUCUACACUUGGCUAGCAGAUAAAGCAUACAGAGAACUCUACAAUGAAAUAAAAUCCAUUCUGGAUCCACGAUUAGAGAGAUUCUGGUUUAGAGACUACUUGUGCUACCAUGGGAGAGUGAGCGAAGAGCUAAUAGGCUUCCCUGUGGUGACAUUUCAUUUCACAGGCGGAGCUGAGCUGGCUAUGGAGGCCACAAGCAUGUUUUAUCCAAUAUCAGAACUAGAUACGUAUCAAAACGUUUUUUGUAUGUCGGUGAAGCCAACCUCAAAACAUGGAGGGGAAUAUAAGGAUUUCACAGCUAUUGGGCUAAUGGCACAACAAUACUACAAUAUUGCUUACGAUCUCAACGAAAAAAACGUCUAUCUCCAGAGAAUCGACUGUGUUCUACUCGAUGACUAUUCCCCAUCAAAGUAAAUAUUGUAAACA